GUUAUGGUAAUUGGUACAUACUUUCAGCGAGCAACCUAGCUAAUUGUGAUCGACCCACUUCAGAAAAUCUGCCAUGGGCGAGAAAGAACAGGCUAAGCCUUUGGCUCCGGCAUCCCACAGGAUCCACGUAGAGGAAGGAGCUGAAGCUCAGUCCAUGGAGACUAAAAAGUACAACAGGAGGAGGUGCAUCAAAUGCUGUGGCAUCUCUACCGCCCUCAUAUUGAUUCUAGCUGCGACCAUGUUGGUGCUUGCUUUCACCGUAUUUCGCGUUAAAAAACCCGUUUUGAAGAUGAACUCCGUCAAGGUCGAAGGAUUGGAUGUUGCUAUGGAGGCAAAUUUUCGUCUGGGGACAAACGUGACACUUGUAGCAGAUGUCUCGAUGAAAAAUCCGAACGUGGCCUCCUUCAAGUUAGAUAAUUCGACGACUUAUCUUUUCUAUGGUGGCAAGAUGGUUGGGGAAGCCAAGACUCCGCCGGGGCAUGCCAGGGCGAGGCGGACGAUGCAUAUGAAUAUCACGGUGGAUAUUCUGGCAGAUCAACUGCUGGAUGUGCACCGGCUGUGGAGUGAUCUGCAAGCAGGGGCUUUGCCUAUGGGUAGCUACACAAGAAUAAGUGGUAAAGUCAACAUUUUAAACAUCAUUAAGAAGCACGUUGUUGUGAGAAUGAAUUGCACUAUGACAGUUGAUAUCCACAGCCAGUCCAUGAGGGAUCAGGACUGCAAGAAACAUGUUUCCUUCUAGAUUGAGUACCGGUUAAUUAAUUAGGAUUUUAUAUUUAUAUUAUUGAGGGUGUAUGGUUUUGAGAAUUAAUUUGGUAGAAUCCUAAAGAUAGAUAGAUCAUUCCAUGCUUGCAUCAAGGGAUGGAAUGAAGAAUAUGCAUUCCGUCAUGUAAAAUUCAAAAAUUGAGAGCAUUCUGGUCAAGAAUUUGUAUGUUUAUCUUAUCCGUGCAAAUAUGCAUGUACAAAACUUUAACACAUAGCUUAUGAUAUCAAUAAUGGUUACUUGAGUA